AUGUUCGUGCCUAUAUUUGUUGCUGUAUUAGCAGCGAUAGGGGCCUACUUUCAUUUAAGUCCAACACUUUCUACAGCCGAUCCUUCUGUUGCCCAAAUAGAGGCACUCAGGGACUACGUAUCUAACGACUUCGCUGUGAGCCAACCGAUCCACAUUAGGUUUAGAGAUAUAGGGUUUCGUUUCCCAGACCUCAUUGAAGCUACUCAGGUACAGCUUGACUACCACUUGAGAUCCCGCGGCAUUCCUUACAGAUACCCAUUGAUUGACGAGCUUCCGAAACAUAUCCCUAGAUUUGGGGGUGAGAGCACCGUUACGAAGACGGCGGAUGUAUUUGUAUUGACUGAGGAUGGAACGGAAGUGAUAACACUGUCUGAACCUACUGCUGAUGCAGACUCUGUCGACGUGUCAAUCGCUCCAAGUUCGGAAUUUUCGUUGGACAUGGCUCAAGGUGGAAAUAUUGGUGUCUGGCUUGAUCUGUACAAAUACAGGGCCAUGAUGACAUACACCCUCGAAGCUAUUCAUGCCAAUGAUCUACCUUUCUACUUGGCCCAAACGAUUCUGGACCACUUGUGUGAGAUUGACCUCAACGCGUACGCCAACCGCCAUACCAUCGAUUUCGAUCUAUAUGUCCCUCAGCUCACUUUAAAUGUCAUUGCUGCAGAAGAUAGCGUUAAAAAGGAUUCUUCGGUCGUUGAGGAUGCUUUGAAGGAGCUGAUUGACAAACAUCUUGACGCCAUCCGACCAUUCGUCAAUGUCACAUCCAAAAUCCAAACCAUUGACGUCACUAAAAAUAGGAUACCCUUACAAAGUAUGAAAAACUCGACCUCCCAGCUUACGUUUAUCUACCUGACAACCCUCGAGGGGUUUUUGAACCAAAUUGAUGGGUCUCAUGUGUAUCAUCUCACUCGCGAUGUACCCAAAGAGAUUUCUGGCGAUACAUAUGGAACGGAGUACAUCGAAGCUCAAAAAUUGAACGAAAAUCCUCGUAUUAACAUCACGGAUUUCUUAUCGUCAGCGUUCAAUGUGCUUGAACUGCAGGUCGGUUUGACCGAGAAGUGCUCGAAUAAACAUCUCGAGGUGUACUUCAUCACAAAGGCACAUGCAAUCAAUGGUAUUUCGAAGACCCUUGAUCUAAUCCUGAAAAGCCCAGAUGCUGCUAAUUUGCUUAUUUUCAAGGAAGUGUGUGGUUUGAUUGAUACGAUACUCACGGAACAAGAGCAUGACUGGGCCACUCAUCUUCAGCAUACACUUAAACUAUACAAUGAAGCAAAAGAAAGAUCGCUUCAAUAG